UUCCCCCCUGACCAUCCGCGCCAUCCGCGCCAUCCGCGCCAUGCGCGCCAUGCGCGCCAUGCGCGCCUUCUGCGGCUUCCGCGCCGCGCGCCUGGCGCAACCGCGGUCGCAUCUUCCGUUUCGCGUGGCCGCCUUCAGCACGGACUGGGAGGGCCUGAGCCUUUCGGAGCUGCGGCGGGUGGCGGCGGAGCGGCGCAUCGACGUGGCCGACUGCUUUGAGAGGAGGGACCUGGUGCAGAGGCUGCAGGCCGCUCACAGAGUUUGCAGGACGUUUCCUGCCUGCGAGGCCUCAGCGGACUCAGCGGAUGAGGCAACUUGCACUGUUGAUGAACAGCCCGCUCUUUCCUCCAUGUCCAUCGCCGAGCUGCGGAAGAUGAUUCAUGAGGCGGGCCUCAACUCCCGGGAUCUGCUGGAGAAGAGGGACUUCCUGGAACGCGCUGCGGAGGCCCAACAGCUGCUGGCCAAGGCGGCCAGCGACGCAAAGGCCUCGACCGGCUCCAAGGCAAACAGCAGCCAAAAAGCAGAGCCAUGGGAUGUGCAGCGCUAUCGCGAGUUGGAGGUGGUGCUCUUCGCGCGGGGGGGCUGCCCCCACUGCGUGUCGGCGGUCCAGCUGCUGCGGCAGCGGGGGCUGCAAGACUUUGAGCUGCAGGAUGUGGAGUGGUCUGCCCAGGCGGUGGAGGAAUUCCGACAGCUCGGGGGCCGCGGGGUGCCAUUCUUCUACUCCCGAAAAACCCAGAAGUCGUUGGCCGGGUGGAAGCCCGACGCCACGGACCUCAACUUUCUGAUCGCCCACCUGCAGUGACGACUUUCCGAACGGUGCGUGGCGGGAGAGAACAAAAGUCGCCCGGAUGGAGUGCAUCCCCAACGGAGCCCGGAACCGGAACCGG